GAUGAUAAUAACGUUGUUCAACAAAGGCUUAAAACAAAAGGAAAUCAGCUGUGCACUGAAUUCAUAUGGGCAUAAAAUAAGUGAGAGGCAUCUGAGACGAGUUUUAAAACUUCUAGGGUUGAAGCGAAGAUGCCCCCAACGACCUUUUACUGAAAUCCACAAAGCUGUGGAGAGUGAGAUGAAACAGUGGUCUCCUGAACAAGGAAUCAGGGCAAUGGUAAAGUGGGUAAGGGAUGUCAGAGGAGUGCGGCCUUGUUACAGAGACGAUGUUGCUAAUAUAAUGAGGGAUAUGGAUGCAAGUGGUCUUCAGAGGAGAUCUCCUGGAAAGAAGAAAAUUCCCCGUCAGAAUUACAUCAGCCGUGGUGGUGGUCCAAAUGACACCUGGCACAUUGAUGGCAAUGAUAAACUGAAGUUCUUUGGAAUGUGGAUACAUUUGGGGAUUGAUGGGCUGUCCUCAAAUGAUUCGGGGGGACAGAGGAAAAGAGAACCUUGUUGUGGGUCAAAUGCAGAUGGCAUUUCACAUGCGAGAUCUUGGGAAUCAGGCAUGGAGGUGCUUCAGAAUGGGGACAUCAGUGCACAACCAGAGAGCUGAAUGUUUCAACAGUAUUUUAAAGCGGACAUGGAUUAAGAAAUGGCUGACAACAUUUGAGGCCAUGAUGGAGUCUGGGAUCCUUGAACUGGACAAUCCUAUGCACAUCAACUGCUUGCAGUACUCACACUUGCCACUGCUUCUAAGAGAUUUAAAAACGGAGCAAACAGUUUGGAACACCCACGACAUCUGCAAGCAACGCAAUGCACCAGGUCCAUUUGGGAAACCCGACCUUCUGUUUACCUCACCACCUCCUGGAUAUGCCAAUGUGCUGCACAUAGUUGACCCAGACCUUUUGGACUACGCCAAGCAACUAAUCUGUGAGAGGGAAGAGCCUUCACUGGUAGCAAACCAGGAAUUCAGAGACAUGUGCCAGAACAUUUUAGAAAACAGCCAGUUUCCCUGCACACCUGAUGGUUGCCUUGCUGCAUACCUCAUGCUAGUCCAAGAGCUCACAACUGCCCUGAACAGAAAUGCAGUUCCUACACCUUCUACGUUUGCAGAGGCAAAUGACAUAUACAUCUUUCUGAAGAGAGAGAGGAUGGAAGGUGCACCAGUAAACAUUUCUGACCAAUAAAACCAUACAACAUUGUUAACAU